GGGAACCACACUCGGGAACGCUAUCUGAAUGUAACCUCUUGACAGUCCCUGACAUAACCACCUCAUCCGUCGCUCUGCUGGUACUCCUGAAUUGUUACUGUGCAAAGAUGGAAUCCAGUAGCGGAAGGACCCUGUUUGUGACGCCAGACGGAAAACCUAUGCAGUUCUCAAUGCGCGAAUGCAAGGAGUAUUUUGAAUUAAAAGAACAGAUCCCAAAAUGGGGGGGACACUUUUCCUAUGAAAAAGGGCCAUAUGCAAUUCGUUUUUGGCCCUCAGGGGAGACAUGCCCUUUUAAAUAUGGCGAAUUUUAUUCGCCAAAAUACAUCAAUGCUUGUAUUGAGAGGAAGACUGUUCUGCCCCUCGAAGAUUAUAGGAUUACGAAAAAGUCUAGCUGUGUUAAACCUGAAGAAUCGAUGGAAGUUCUCUUCCAAAGAAAAAGUUGGAAAGAUUUGCAAUACGUGCCCGUCCGGGAUAGGUCGCCAGACUCCUCGGAUGAGGAUGAGGAUUUUAAAAGAUUUGAUGAAUCAUGUCGACCCAAAAAAAGAGAGAGAACAAGCUGUUUUGGGAAAGUAAUUCCUCACUGCUAA